UUCAGGCGAGGUGAGAGGCAGCUCAGCGGUCCUGAGACUCAGGCUAUGGGCUGGUUAAUGUUUACUCCUCGUUUUCAAUGGCAGAGAGUUUUUCACAAACAGAGGUUUUUAUUUCUGCCUGUAGCUGGAAUGGCCACAGACGCGUCCUGGUUGUCUCCAGCAGAGAGAGAGCAGCUGCUGAUGGAGCUGAAGGCCACAGGCUGGGUGGAGCUGGAGGAGAGAGACGCACUGUAUAAAGAACUGCACUUCAAAACAUUCAACCAGGCUUUUGGCUUCAUGUCUCGAGUGGCUCUGCAAGCAGAGAAGAUGAAUCACCAUCCAGAGUGGUUUAAUGUUUAUAACAAGGUCCAGAUCACGUUAACAACUCAUGACUGUGGAGGACUGUCCAAAAAAGACAUCAGACUGGCCAAAUUUAUUGAUAAAGUUGCUCUGACUAUGUAGCGCCUAUAAAAAAAAGACUGAUUUCACAUUUAUAGACAAGUUUUUUGGCACUGGACAAUUUUUAGUCUUCCUUCUUCACUACUGUUCUUUACAACUUCAGACACUUUUAGUAGCUUAGCCUCAGAUUAGGGUGAGUGACAUCACAUGCAUUUUUUUUGUGUACAAAUCUAGAUUUUUCUCAUUAAAUAAUUUAAUAAAUACAUGAUCUGUCA